CAGAAUUUGCCUUGGCUAAACCAGGGCUUGGCCAGGCCUGCGUUGUUCUAGUUCAGUGAGGGCCAAUGAAGUCAGGGUGUGGGGCAUUUGCACCUGCUCCAAAAUGUCUCUCGAAUCAAACCUGCCAGUCUGGGUGGGGCACCAGUGGCCAGGAGGGACAUCGUGGGCACAGAGAGUCAUGGCCCUGGUUCUGCAACUGCUGCCGUUGCUGCUGCUGAGAGCCCAGGGAGACCCUGGUGCUUCACUGGACGGCCGCCCUGGAGACCGGGUGAAUUUCUCCUGCGUAGGGGUCUCGCAUCCCAUCCGCUGGGCCUGGGCGCCUAGCUUCCCGGCCUGCAGGGGCCUGUCCAAAGGACGCCGCCCAAUUCUGUGGGCCUCAUCCAGCGGGACCCCCACUGUGUCUCCCCUCCAUCCAUUUGCUGGUCGCCUACGUGCCCUGGACCCUAGUAUCCGGCGGCUGGAGCUGCUCCUGAGCGCGGGGGACUCAGGCACCUUUUUCUGCAGGGGCCGCCACGAGGAGGAGAGCCGUACUGUGCUGCAUGUGCUAGGGGAUGGGGCUGAUUGCAGGGCUCUGGGACCUACCCACGGGUCUGUGUAUCCCCAGCUCUUGAUCCCACUGCUGGGAAUUGGGCUGCUGCUGCUAGCACUCGGGGCGUUGGGCGUGGUCUGGUGGUGGCGCAGGCGAUCACCUCCGCACCCGCCUCGACCACUCCCCAGAUUUGCUCUGUCCCCCCCAUAUAGAUCCACUGAUGACAGUCGAGACCCAGAGGCCAGUAAAGGAGGAGGAGCCUAAGAUCACAGGGGACCUGGACCAGGAGUCGCAUCCAGUACACAGCUGUUCAACACAGAGGUCUGUGGCAGACUGCCAUUAGGCCCAUGUUUCACGAACGAAACCACAGGUUGAGGCUAUGACAACAACAGGGGAACCGGCAGCAGCGUUCAUCAUUCAUCACGAGAGGAAGUGGAGACUGAUGCUAUAAAGAGUUAGAGCUCUGAUUUUAGGAAAGGCCUGCUUUGUCUGAUCUGGGGAUCUGGCAGUGACAGAGACAGGAAGAACACUUUUGAUAGCA